UUAGGGGUAAGAAAAAAUAUGGAGAAGGGUUUAGUUAAGCAUAAGCCAUUGACUUUAAUGGUGCUACUCAUGAUGGUGGUGAUGGUGCACCCAGGCUCAAGCCAGGCCUGCCCUAGCACCUUCUUUGGGGCUCUGUUGCAGCUCAUUCCAUGCAGGCCGGCGGUUGCACCGUUUAGCCCGAUACCGCCAAGCGAUGCAUGUUGCAAUGCAGUGAGGACCCUAGGCCAGCCCUGCAUGUGCGUGCUCAUCAAUGGGCCACCGAUCUCGGGGAUCGAUCGUAACAUGGCCAUGCAGCUCCCAACCAAGUGCACCGCCAACUUCCCGCCCUGUGACCUUGGGCGUUGAAAUAAGUGCAAGUGAAACCACCAGCUCCACUGAAUAAAGGCCUUUUGCUCAAGCCUACUACUCAUCUCUCUAACAAAACAUAAAUAACGUUUUCAACUCUAUAUCACAAAUAUCUUUCUCCAAUUCUCUUGGAAAGUUUUCAACUACCUAGACUUAGUUAACUAUUAAUCUUUGUGUCAUCAUUUACCAUAAGGCAAGUGUGGAUUUACUGGUCUAUAAAGCAAGUAAUAUUGCUGUGGAUUUA